AUGUCGGAGACAAUACCCGUUUCAGUACAAUGCUGUGAGGGCCGAUUCGAACUUUCAGUGGACUCAAACCACACGCUACGUGACGUUUUGCGUCAGUUUAAACGGGAAGUCGCUGCUCUCGAUCCAAUAAAUUUGGAGGAGUAUGUUGUGAACCAUGAAGGUAAAUUAUUGCUGGACGACAGCGUUACUCUGCAAACAGUUGGAGUGAAAAAAGACAGCGUGUUUGUGCUUGUCAGGAAGGCGUGCUGCCCAGCGGCCAGUCCAGAAAAGGAUGAGGACGAUAUGUAA